CCUCCCCCCCCUCCCGUCGCCUCCCCUCUCCGACCUCCUCCUUGGCCCUGCCCCAGCGCACCGUCAUGCCGCCCGAGAACUACAUGCCCGGAUCCGGCUCGGUUGUCGGGGAGGCGCCUGCUCGCGGCUCCUUCCACACCCACACCCCGAGCGAGCUGGCCAUGCACGAGUCCUCCGAGGGUCUGGCCAUGAUCCCCACCUCGGGCCACCUGAAUGAGGAGGGCUGGAUGCAGCCGGCCCCCAGCUCCCGGCGAAGCUCCAAGCAGUUCCUCCAAGAGGAGGACUUCUACACGGUGGCGACGAGUGACGCGGCGGGCUCUGCCACGGACUUCGGCCAGCACCCUGGCGAUGGGGCCCCACCGCGCCCGGUCACCAGCCCGGACUUUCUGACACACCGCCCUCCCCGGCCCCCGAUGUCCUUCAUCGGCUCGGGCCCGGCCGCCCAGGAGCCCCACAUGCAGGCUGUCGUCCGGCCAGCCACCGCCCCAUCGCCGGCGUGGCUCUCCCUGCACCACCUCCAGGCCGAUCCGACGCGCGGUCCAGCCGGUGUUAUCUCUGGCGGUCGAGUGCCGGAGGCCGAGCUCGGCGAGCUGGCGCCCGAAGCCGGGUCCCUCAUUUCGCCGGUCUCGACAUUGGUCAAUGAGUUUGGAUCGGAGCCCGUGACGUCGUCCAUGUCGGGGCCUGGCAUCCGGCGACCCAUGCACGAGCACAUGGACACCCCUUUCCAGCAAGCUUCCAAGGCCUCGGGCGUCUACCAGCAGCCUGGCCACCAUGAUGCACAUGCCCAGGACAUCGACAUCGACAUUGACGACGACGACCACGACGACGACGACCACGACGAGGAUGUCCGUUCGGAGUUCGGGUAUGGCGACGAGGAGGCCGACUACUCCGACGGGGACGCCGCGUGUGAGGACAGCUACCCUGGCCAUGGUCGGGCCCCGGUCGCCGGAUACCCACUGCCGGGUGUUGUUGCCCUCCCCCCCUAUGUGCCGAUCGAUGUCAUGCCGGAUUCGGAGAUGCAUGUCGAGCCCCGGCAUGAGCAGGAGGAGUAUGCGGCCCCGGGCCCCGGUUCCAUGUCGAGUGAUGCGCAGCUCCAGUCGAUGCCGGUGUCCGUGCCGCUGGCGGACGGCUCGCUUGGCGCCCCGCUGCCACCCUUGCCGCCGGCCCCCAUGUCCGCCCCCGGCCGGGUGUUCGUUUCCUCGGCACAGGAGACCAUGCUGAAGGCCCCCUUCCCGCGGCGCAACCAGGCCCCCUGCGCGCUGGACACCGACUUCGCCAAGACCUUCCACCCGCGUCGGGUGGACCGGGCCAUGUCGACGGCUCGCGUGGCGGAGCUGCUCCUGAAUGAGGGCCUCCUUGGAGGUGGCCUGGUUGAGCUGGCCACCUACUCGGAUUAUGACUCGGAAUCGGAGGACCCGCGUUCGCUGACGACCUUCGAGCCGCAGGCCCGGCCCUGGCGCCCGCAUCCGGCCGGUGUGCUGGCCGACCCCCGGUCGAGCCAGGGGCAGCAUGGUAGCGCCUGCUCGCCGGACGAGCGGGGCCACAUCUUCGGGGCCCUGGGCGCCGGCUAUCCCGGGGAUGAUGCGGCCGCCACGGCCCCCUCCACCGAUGGCGAUCAGGACUUCCGGUUCUCCCCGUCGGCCUUCACUGGGGCAUAUCUCAGCUCGGAGCACUCGUCGGAUGCCUGCCAUUUGGAAGAGCCCCCCGGGGGGAUGGUCCUGCAGUCCGACAGCCCAGCCGGAAUGGACGGGGCCCCGCGCCCUCUGGCCGAGGCUUUGGCCGGGCGGACCGUCGGCCCGGCCCUGCCGACCUAUGGUAACACGCACUUUGGCCAUCCGGUGCUGGACCGGGCCGCCGAGACGGCCACCUUCGUGCACCACAUGCUCCGGCAGGAGGCCCGCACUCUGCCAUUCCUGAACACCUGGUGGGCCGUGGCCGAGGGUCCGGCUGCGAGCGACUGCUCCGAGCGGCACCCCGAGAUCCGGGCCUCCGACCGCGGGGUCGUGGCCAAUUGGCUCACCGAGGUCGACCUCCUGGUGCCGGGGUCCCCACCGCAGGUUCUCGGUCUGGCCAUGAACCUGUGGGAUCGGUAUCUGUCGAUGGUGCAGAAUAUCCCCAAGCAUUCGGCCCAGAUGAUCGCCCUGACUUGCUACUUCCUGGCCAUCAAGUUCGAGGACAGCAACACCGAGUGGACCAUCAGCCGAGUGAUGCAGAUGACCGGGGAGAUAUUCUGCCGCUCGUCCCUGCACCUGACCGAGCGGAUGAUCCUGGCCGCGCUCAAUUACGACCUUGCCCACCCGCCGGCCACCUCCUUCAUCCGCCGGUUGGCCCUCUACAACCCGACCAACGCCUCGCCGCCGCCAACCGACGAGCCGACUUACGACAAGCAGGUAUACCAUGUGGCCUCUUAUGUGGCCGAGGUGGUCCUCUGUUUUGGACACACGCACCCGGUUUUCGCCAAUGUCCGGCCCUCGGUGCUGGCCUGCUGCGCCGUUGUCCUGGCCCGGCUGAUGCUGAAGCGCUCACCACCGGAGGAGACCCCCGGCGUGCCGACCCUGGACGCCAUCCCCCCGGUCGGGUGGUGCGACUGGAAUGGGCACUGGCCGUGGUCCAUCGCCCGGAGCGUGGUGGCCGUGUAUGGGCGCCGGCAACUGAAUCGGGCCUUCCGAAAUACCGCCGCCCAGGCGCCACACUCGCCACUCCUGGCUCCCCAUGUCAUUGCCCAGUACCACAACCGGCCAUUGCCCCUGGAGUAUGUUGCCCCGUACACCAUCCAGGCCUUGUAUCCCCUGCUUGGGGCCGCCACCCAGCUCUUGAAGCAGCCCUUCCCCGCUGCCUGCCGGGCACUCUAUACCCGCCACGCCAAGGACCACAACCUCCGUGCCAGCACAUACGUUCACAAGAGCAUGAAGACCUUCCUGCUGCCCGGGCUACAGCCCCGGAGAGAUGGCUGGUAGAGGGAGGAGCAUGGUCCCCAGAGGCCACCGCCCUUGUCAUUGUCUUUUUUUUUUUUUGCUCCCCCCCCCCUCCCCCCUGCCUUUUCCGCUCUCCCCUCGGCGAUCUAGUUUCCCUCUCGCCGUGUGUGCGCUUGUGCGCGGAAUAUACUCCCCAUCCUUAC